GAGCGUCGCAAAUGGAUGAAAGAGUGUGCUGCGGUCGUGUGCGAUUCGCGCAGUGAUGUGAAUCAUGGCUUCUCCGGUGGAGCUUCCUGUGUGAUCGUCGCGUUGAUCGGCUCUUGUGUUGUCGCUACGUGUUGUGCGAGCCCUGAUCGCGAGAGGAGAAACUGUGCCUUCUUUCGCCGCUACCAUUUGCGAUAUUAGUGCAGCCUGUGGAUGAAAUGAAUGAAUAGCGAAGCGAGUGCGAAGGACGGGUUACGUGAGCACCAUUGUCACAGCCGAGAGCGCUUCGCGCGAGUCGCUGCUUUUUUCGUGGAACUGCGACUCGAUAUGGUCUCGUCGUAGCGCUGAACGACUGCAAUUGAUGCGGCAGCAACGAUGGGCGUCGGAUACGCGAGCGUCGGAUGCUGCUCUAGGCCUAACAAAGCUCUCUGCGUGGGACAAAGGCGUACUCCUCUGACAGCUGACUGCCUGCAGCGGCAAGUCUGACGCGUCGGGAACGCGUCCAGCCUUAAACCAUGGAGACGGUCGGCGAGUUCGAGUACAACACCAAGGAUUUGAUCGGCCAUGGCGCCUUUGCGGUCGUCUACAAGGGCCGCUACAAGGCGAAACCGGAGCUGCCGGUGGCCAUCAAGAGCAUCACCAAGAAGAACCUGGCAAAGUCUCAGAAUCUCCUCGGCAAGGAAAUCAAAAUUCUCAAGGAGCUGUCCGAGCUGCAUCACGAAAACGUGGUCGCCCUGCUCGACUGCAAGGAAACCGCCCACCAUGUUCAUCUCGUCAUGGAGUACUGCAAUGGGGGAGACUUGGCGGAGUAUCUCUUGGAGAAAGGCACGCUGAGUGAGAAUACCAUCCGCCUCUUCCUGAGGCAAAUUGCCGGCGCCAUGCGGGCUCUCAACGCCAAGGGUAUCGUGCACCGAGACCUGAAGCCGCAGAACAUCCUGCUCUGCCAUGGGCCACGGCCCAAGCCGGCGCCGGCAGACAUCACGCUCAAGAUCGCCGACUUCGGCUUCGCGCGAUUCCUCCAGGACGGCGUGAUGGCGGCCACGCUCUGCGGGUCGCCAAUGUACAUGGCGCCCGAGGUGAUCAUGUCCCUCCAGUACGACGCCAAGGCCGACCUCUGGAGCAUCGGCACCAUCGUGUUCCAGUGCCUCACGGGCACUGCACCUUUCAAGGCCCAGACACCUCAAGCCCUGAAGCAGUUUUAUGAGAAGGCAACAAACCUUGCUCCUAGGAUACCAUCGGGAACAUCUCGUGAACUGCAUGAUCUUCUGAGCAGGCUUCUCAAGAAGAAUGCUAAGGACAGAAUGGAUUUUGAUGCGUUCUUCUCGCACCCAUUCUUGAAAAGUGCGGCCAAACUGAGUUCUCCCAUGCCUGUGCCAUCGAGACGGUCGGCAUCUCCUCCUGAUGUUGGAGGUGGAGCAGUGGCACCUCCUGCAGGCGGCUGGGGCUCUCCCAUGUCGGGACAGCUUCCCCCGUCUCCGCAGGGCUGGUGUGGGGAAGAUUUGGGGGGCUCGGGGGCGACGCAGGCGGCUGCCCUCAAGAGUGCCUCAUCGUCCUCCUCCCCAGAAGACCAGGACUUUGUCAUUGUUCCAGCUUCAAUUGGAGAAGAUCAGCAAAGCAGUGAGACUGGAGGUGCUCGGUGGCCCUGCGAGGAUUCUGGCAGCACCCCUGCCAAGAAGAUGGCUUCGGGAGGCAAUGUGCCUGCAUCGCCAACGAGCCACGAGGGUUCACCCCGACCUUCUUUCCUGCCAGUACAGCAGCAGCAGCAGCAGCAACUGCAACAGCAGCAGCAGCAACAGCCACCCCAUCAGCCGCAGCAAAGAGCUCCGUGUGGCCCACGGACAGAGCCGAUUCCAGUGCCCUCUCAGAAGCGAGCCUUUGAGCAGAUGCAGCGCAGCGGAGGCAGCAGCAGCGGGGGUGGCGGAGCCGCGACAACUGCUGCUCUGCCUUCCGAAGGAGCUGCGUCGCCCAACGAGAACCUGACUGGUGUCUCUUCAUCACCACGACUGAUGCAACUGGAGCGGAAGGACUCGCUGGGGUCGAACUCGAGCGACCUAGGGCGCAGGACGCCAGAUUUCUCCAACCUGUCUCCUCCUUCAGUGCAAUUCCACAUUGGGACUCCGCCCGGGGGUGGUCGUCGACGCCACCUGAGUGGAGGAACCCCACCAAGGGUCAGGCACUCCAUACCCAUUUCCACCUCAGGCUCCCCCCUCCGGCGACACUUGUGUGGCAUGGCCAAUGUGAACCAGCUGGCGAUGCUGAAUGGCAACCCUCAGCAGCUGCCCCCUAUCCUUGGCUCACCGAUGGGUGGCCGCGAGGGUGAUCCUGGUUUCGGUCUCAACCUCAACAGCAUCCGAAGUGCAGCGUUGGCCACUCGAGCCAUGACGUUGCCAGAGAUGCGCAGAGACAGCAGUGGGGGAUCAGACCAACUGGAUGGUGGUCUUCACAAGUCGGGCAGUGCUGGAGGCAGGCUAUACGACCAUGGGGCGUUCCUCCGUGGAGCCAACCUGGCCUCGGAGCAGGCGGCACUCGGCUCGUACAGCCCGCCAGGCAGCAUGGGUGCAUUCUUUCCGGGCAGUGGUGACUGGCCGGGAGGUCGGCUGGGCUCACCCGGUGCCACAGCAGUGGCCCCGUGUUGCUUCCCUUUCGGCACCUCGCCACCCAAUGGCGAGCCGCCAAACUUUGUGCCACCACCCGAGCUGCCCCAGGAGACUCUCUUGGAUCGGGAGCACAAUGAGACCCUGGCGAAGCUGCACUUCAUUGAUGCCCUGGUGGGAUGCAUCGUGGAGCUGGCACGUUCCAAGGCAGAGCCCCUGGCUGCGGCCUUAACAGAGUCCACGUACUGGCGGCAGUGCUGUUCGUCUCCUGAGGAGCAGGUGGCCCGUGCGCUCGGUGAGGGCCAUCGCCGUGCCGAGCAGCUUGUGCUGUACGUCCGCGCCGUGCAGCUGCUGGCAUCGGCGCUCAACCUGGCCCGAGACCAGGUGGCCCAGAGGCGACUCAGGGCUUCGUCGAGUGUGCGGCAGCUGCUGCGCGGCAUGCAGCAGACCCUGCACCGUUGCAUGGACUGGUGUCGGCGGCUCUCCCAGCAGGGAGUGCUGCAAGCCUCCGCCUCGAGCUCCUCAACACCCCCUCUUACGGCUGACCGGCUGCUCUACAACUACGCCAUUGACAUGUGCCAGACGGCUGCCAUGGGAGAGCUUUGUGUUCACACAGAGGAAUACACAGGUGCCCUGGAUGGCACGUCAAGUGAACACAGUCGUGACGCAGUCACCGCUACCCUCACGGAGUGCUUUCGCCGCUACCAGACAGCCCAGAUCUUGCUGCACAGUUUGGCACAGCAAGUGGAAAACGAGGACGACAGGGCACUGCUCAACCGAUACAAGGACGCUGUGGAGAAGCGGCUCUACGUGCUCCAGAGUGAAGGCCUUGUGUGUGCCUAUGACUCGACCUGAAGAGGAUGGAGAGCCCCGGGUCAUUCUCCGAUGGCCAUUCUGUCGGCUGCUCCUUUCUGUGCUCCUCAUCCAUCCCCCGUGGUGCGCUUGUGCUGCUGCCUGCCCCGAGUGCUGUCCUUGAUGGCGGCUGUGGACUUGCAAUCUUGUUCAUUGCCUCGUUUGUUUCAUCUCCACUCUCCAGAUUUUUUAUUUUUAUUUUCAGCACCUCCAUUGUUCUGAGAACUGAGCCUUUUCUUCACGGACUUUACAAAGCCGCUUGUUCACGACUCAUUCAUGUUUUACUUUGUCAUUUAUUGCAUUCCCCAUUUGUCAUCUUAGCAACAAAACCAAAAACAAAAAAAAUUCCUGCAGAACUUUUAGCUUACAUUUUGGUGGCUCCUUUAUUUCUGUACCUUGCCGGCCUGGGAUCUCGUUUCUGUGCUAUAUCGUCGCAGUCGUGAGAUUUCCUGUGAAAGGUGUCAUAAGCUGGAAAGAGCCACCCUUUCUCACCCUCUAUGUUUCCCAUACAAAAUCCCUAAAGUUGCGUAAUAGCUGCACAUGUGAGCUGUUUGCAACAGCGGGAUUUGUGCUGCUACUGCUAUUAAUAUAAGGAUGUCAUCGUGCACAUAUGAAGAACUUCUACAACACUUGUUGGCCUCUCACUUCUGUUACUGAGCUGGACUAACAAAUUUUAUUCUUACAGAAUUAACUGCGCUAGCUGAUUGCGCCAGUCAGCAUACAAAUAUUACACCCAUCUGCCUAGCCAUUGCGUGCACCCACUGCUCGUUUUGUAUCCUCUAUUCUCGGCAUGUCUUUUCCUAAACUUGACACCACGGUUGUUCAUUUGCAACGCUUGGUUGAUUUCGCUCUUUCAGCCAUUCUCAGCACGUACUUUGCAAUCAGAUAGUUUGUGAAGUAAUAACUCUCAGUUGGUGCCUGGUACCACUGUUAGGCCUCGUUGCAAUAGAAGGCAAGCCUUUAGCGAAUCCUGUUGCUGUCAACUCGAAGUUGCGCAUCCGAGGCACAUAGGUGCCCCAGCUUUUCUUGUUUUCCCGCUGGCUUCCGUCUUGGAGCCCUCCUAAUUUAUUUACCACGCUUUAGUUUUCCUCGAACUCGAGAGAGAGCUGUUCUAGGGAAGUUGUGAUAAAACCCUUACUUGCACGCGGCGAGCAGGCAGGUUGCAUCUAGCACUUGAUGAGCAUACAAUCUGAAAAAAAAGUAUUGCACCUUUUGAAAUGUGCUUUUGCCACGUGGAAGCAAUCACCACUAUUCUUGCGUGCACUUUCAUUUUAAAGCCCUCAGCUGCUGGGAACAUUACAGUCGGUUAGGUGCCCAAUUAUGUGUAACAGCGACAAAAAAAAAAAAAAAGAAAACUGCGUAUUAUUGGAAGGCAGUUGUGUUGCAUAAUGGUGGCGGUUGUUGCUGCGGGACAAGAGCAUACCUCAGAGAGAGAGAAAGUAGUCUUUUUUUUUUUUUUUUAGGAAUGUAGCUUGUGGACCAAAGUGCCCGUAGAUGCCGACUUCCCAAUGUGCGCCUACGCCUUUCCCCGCUGCCGUGCCAAUGACUAGUCAGAUUGCCUGAAUGAAAAGGACCGAGAGCGGAUCCCCGAAAACUAAUGGAAGUCAACCUGCUUGAGUUGCAGGCCAAAAGCCAUGAGGCAGAAAAUCGCGCGGCUGAAUGCUUGUUCCCCCACUACCUGAUGUGCCAACAGAUAUCACUCUUUUUGCCAGUCAUUACGUUUCGUUCCCACCCACCUAAUUUCCCACAAUGUUCACUGCUAGUAAUCAGUUUUCCUGCGUAAUAAAUGCCAGCGGUAACAUAUUAUGAGAAUACUCUACCAGUUUGAACUUUAUUGUCCCUUUAAGUUGGAAAAAUAUAUUCCACAUUUGAGACAAAGUACCUGAACCAAAGCUGCUUUUGUGUGUACCUUUCAUGUUGCAGUGGUCCAUUAAUCUUGCUUUAUUUGCAAUAACUGGACCUGCGUUCCUUUGCCUGAUAUGUCCAUAUUCAUAUAUAUAUAUUUUUUUAUGCAGGCACAAUUUUACACUUGUUUGGAGCUAGGAGUAUGUGCUCACGAUUUGCUUUUAAUGCCAUGAUGCUUUGGCAUUGUGAUUGCAACAUUGCAAGGCCCACAAGUUCUUGAGGCAAAUUUUUGUCGGCUCACUUUGAAGCCUUUUCGAACAGCUUUUAAGCCGUUCGGUUGCACCUCGUGGCUUUUGGCACUGUCAGGUUUGUGACUGUGAAGUGAGGAUGUGGUGUGGAAGGUACUGCCAUGUUUAGAGAGCCUGUUUGUCAAAGAAACAGAUUUAAACAAAAAAUUGUUUACCAUGCUGCCAUGGAAUGGUUGCACUGUCCAGGCAAAGGCAUCAAUGAUAAUGGUGUCUCUUGUAGGAACAGCAACAAAUCAGCUUGCACAUUUUGUUUCUCAUGUUUUUUUUUUUUUUUGUCCUCUGUACUCCAAACUUUUGUUGCGUGGUAGUUGUAUAAUAAGGGGUUUUAUCAGGCAUGGUCAUUUGUACAUAUAUUAAGUAGCUGCUUUAUCAAAGGCUUGGGCAAGGUUAUUGUGGAGAGUGUAAAAGUCCUGGCCAUUCCCUGGAUCGGGUACAUACGAGUGCGUUUGCGCAUGCAUACAUGCAUUUUACUGAAAGCUGUCACGAUAAGCUUGCAUGAGAAGUGUUUCAAGCAAUGAUGCAUCUGAAGUGAGACAACUGGGAGACUGAAUUGUGCUUUUGUGGUCGUGCAAUGCUUCUGGGCUGGCAGUGUUGCCUUGAAUGAAAGAUACUAUGGAGGCUUUCCAAGCUGUCAGUUUCUUUUCUUUCACCACUGCUGGGAUUUUCCAGGAGCAUGGGGGGGACUUUUUUUUUUUUUUUUUUGCUGUCAACUUUAUUUACAAAUGGCUGUUUAUCUGAGCCAUCAGCACUGGUGCCACUUUGCCAUGUGGCGAAUUGGGGUUGAGAUAUUGCCUUGAUGUGCUGAAUGCGCUUCACAAGGAUUGCCGAAGCGAGGCACACGCAACAAACAUGUGGGCUGGUGGAAAACAUUGUGUGUAUGUUAUUCAUGCGCUUGUAUCUACAUCAUUGUAUAUCAAAGAAAUGAGAAAAAAAGAAAAAAGGUUCCCUUGUGGAAACUUGAACAACAAAAACCUUUCUAUUAUUCAUUUAUGCCAUUACUCUUAUCCUCCACUGCAUGCUUUGCCUUGCGGCAGUACGUGGUUCUUUCGGGAUGGUUGUGUAGCGGGCAUACCAAAGUGUGUGAACAGUACGACAUACCGUAUCAUUUCGAGUGUGCCUGCUUUGCUGAUAGAGUUCAUUGCUACAUGAUGUAUGCGUUAUGUGUGUCGUUUACAGUUCAUUUUGGUAGACGUGUCUUUCAUUUGAAAACAGCCAUGCUGGCAGAUUUGGCUGUGCAACCAGUGUGCGUACAUGAAUAGGUGCUCCCCAGCAAUGGAUGCCUUGGGGAAGGAAGGAGUUCUGUUUGUGUGUAGACAGACGGCAGUGGGCCACUGUAGCGUGGAUUCAUGAAAAAGUUUAUAGAAAAAGCUGUGCUGUCUGUACAGGUAGUGGUGUUCCUAUGUUGCGAAGUUCUUGAACUUGUCGUCGUCUGUUGUAAAGACCUUACGAUGAUGUUCAUUAGGCUUCACUUCAGUUCAUGCUAGAAUCUUCUUAGCCUUGUGUAAAUCGCCGGUAGCUCUGUGUACGAGUGUUCUAUCAGCCUAAUAGAGCUGUCAUUGUUGUUCCUGUAGUUAAAAAAUUAGGGUGGGUCACUGAGUUAUUUUUGUGGUGCUUUCCCCAUUUCUAUACGUUCACGUCUCCAUUACGAUUUUACUGUGGAGGUCACCAGAGGUGUGUUUUCAUGUCUGUGUGCAAUGGCCUAGCGUGUGAAAGCCAUUUCAUGACAUUGCUUGAUGCUUACAGAAGCAGCACGAUUUCAUGGCAGGCGGGUACUUUUGCAAAAAGAUGGUAAAACAAGCACAAAAAAAAAUGCUGUAGUCUCUUUGUUUGUGAAUGUCUUGAAAAGUGUUGUGAUAUCUCCUUUUUGCUGCUAUACAUAAAACUAUAUAAAUAAUGCGCAUGGUUGUGCACACAAAUAGCGCUGUAGGGUGUAACUGAUGCUGAACGUAGAUGAGGGAAAAAAAACAAAAAAACAAGAAUACCUGCUGUACAGCCUUUUUCCUCACCGUCGAAAGUAUAGCCUGCCUGCCACGCACAGGAUAGUUGGAAUCUGCAUGCACAGUAGAUGUCAGUGCUUCUUUGCCAGUGGGUCUGACUGUUCUCAAGGCCAGCCAUUUUCAAAAAACGAGCACUUGCUUUCUACAUGCUGUGCUUCAUAGCCAGAAUUUCUUGCCCAUAAAGCAACAUACCUGCGCAGAUCAAUUGUCCAGUGCAUAUAGCGAAAGGUGCUCUCAUUCUUGGCAUUGAGAACUCGCAUGUGCAGUGCUAGCUGCAAGAUGCCUUGCUAGAAAGCUCACCUUUUUCUGUGCUCAUGAGACUUGUGAUUAUUCUUUUUAGCUACUACUUCUUGCUCAGGGGUCUGGUACAAGAUGUUUGGGACAGCAGUUGAUUACUUCUUACCACUAAAGUGUGCCUCAGAUGCUGGCUUUUUUUUUUCUCGGAGAUUUUCAUUAACCCACAGAAAAAUUCUUGCUGCUUACAUUUCUUAAUAUGUCCCUAAAUAGCAAUGAUAAGUUAACUUGCAUUGUUAUACCAUACUUCUUAAAUUGGGAAAACAUGCCUGCCUUUUCAUGAGCCUUGUUAACGCCAAAGGGGCACAAAAGUAUAGCAGUUGGCGGUACCACCUGCAAAUUGGGGCAUGCUGUCAAAGCUACCCUGUACUUUGGCAGCGUCUGCCUUGGCAUUAGUUGAUUGCCCACCACUAAAAGCAACUAUCUUGUAUUUUCAAGCAAGCACUGGCUGAAUUUGCCAACUUUCGAGUAACUUUUCUUGUAUUUAAAGUGAUCCAAAUAUGCAAAAUGUCAUAGAAUUUGUGAUGUUGGACUCUGCAUGAUCUGUGCAGCGGUCUAAAAUUCAAAAUUCAGAGAGUGAAGGUAGGACAGCUGAUUUAGUUUCUCCAAAGAAAAGUAAACAGGCUUUUGAAGAUGUAAUCUACCAGUGUAGGCUGAUUUAGUUGUCUACUAUGUCCCUUUAAGAAGGCCUGUAUCUGAGCAACUGCUGCCUCCUCUCUGAUAUACCUUCUCUCUCUUGCUAUUGCAUUUACCUUGAGCACCGGACAUGUCAAAAUUUGUGCUUUUUAUGUUUAGUGACACAAGCUUUGGAGGUACAACUUAGAAAUGUGGCUGGCCUUGGUGAACAUCUGUUCUACACCAAGUUCAAUGUGUGAAUGACGUCAUGGUUUGGUUGAGGAAAGACGCACAGCCUUUCACUGUGCCGUAACUGUACAUAGCUGUGUAUACACGCGACAUUUUUUGUUUAUAGGAAGACUGUAUAUAGGUUUCGUUGGCUGCCACAUGAAAAAAAAGAAAAAAAAAUUGCGCUCUGGCACUGGACUGGCCAGUGCGCUUGUUGGGGACAAGCUUAACCGCAACAUACACAUCUGCUGGGCAGUUAGUAUAUAUAUAUAUAAUUUGAUUCGUGUGAGUUACUUUUGUUGUAGUGUGUGCUCGUUUACUGACUGUGCAUCCGCCUUACUGAAGGGUUGCAAACUGUACUGUAGUGUGUUUGUGAACUGUGCGAUUUUAUUUUCAUUUUUUUGUUCAUUCAUUAGCUUCCUUCGAAUGUGCGCAACGCACUUUGAAAGAAGAAAAAACAAAGCAGGAAAAGCUAAAAAUUCCCACUUUUUCUUUUUAAAUCUUGUACAGCCGUUUGUAAUAAAGAGUUUGUCUGCUGCCUGUA